AUGACACUACCUUUCGUUGAGGUGUCUCACUUGGCAUCGUCCUCAUCCUUCUACUCGGCGACCCUUCAGCUUAUCGGCCUACGCUUCAUCAACGAGUCUCGCGAACAAAACUCGUCCAUCGGGACAGUUACUUACGGAAUCUCGGCCGGAGCUACCAAGGCUGGGGAUAAACAUCGCCAGGCCCUAACCGACGGACGCAGCGACAGCCAAAGGAGUGCAGUGCCAGUCUUGCAGAUUCGUGAGGUAUCUCGUCCUUUCGAGCCCGUCAGACUUUCGACUUUGGUUUUUGCGGUACCGUCCCCGGAUGCAGUGGUCAACUUCCACGACGCUGCUCUCACCGCGAAUCCGUGGCUGAGCAUUCAGACUGACGGUGACCCAAUCUAUCCCGGAGGCCCCAGCCCCAGGCCUCGUUUAGGCAUUGAAGGCGGUGAAACCCCACGCCGAGCAACAGUACGCGACCUCGACGGCAACACUAUCCAAGUCGUUUAUCGUCAACCUACCUGCCCCCGAGAUUAUUAUGGUCGAAUUAUAGAAUGGACCUACGACGGUGUUACAAAUACAGCUCACGCCACUCAGUCAACUCAUAUAACUCGCACGACCCACACAACUCACACCAGGAAUCGUUCUCUUUCACAACCUCAGCUUGAACCUGUCGCUUCCGCACGUUCGUCCUCCUCAUCUAUUAACGGACAGUCCCCCUUCCAGCCUCGUCAGUCUCCCGCCAAGCACGGUCCCAAUACCGUGACAGCAGCCGAAAUGACUCAACGUGCCGCCCGUGCUGAGAAUGGUGAUGAACCAGUAUCUGUCUCACCUCGCCAGAGUUCAAACAACAAUGGCCUAAGUACCACUACGGUAGUGGGCGCCAUCCUUGGUGUUGCUGCUGCUGGUGCGGCUCUCACAUACGGCUUCGCAAGUCACGCAGCCAAGGAACGAGAACGGAAACCGCGACAGGAUUACGAAGCCCCUUCGCUUCCACGACGUUCGACAUUCCCCGAGAAAGCUCCAACCGUUCACAAGUUGCACAGCGACGAACGCCGAAUGGUCUACGGCGACCAACCCCCAAAGGCAUCGCAGUACCCUCCAAAAGCUCUGCCAUAUCGAGGCCAUGGUGGCUUUGCCCCUCCAGAUAUGUAUCCCGAAGGAUACCCUUUCCAGCAGCACAUGCAGAAUGAUUAUGCACCCCGCAAGAUGUCUCAUCACGAAUCGUACCCCCCGAGAAACCUUGGCUAUAUAGAAGACGACAGUAGUGAAGACUCUCCAGACGAACCACCGCCCCGCCGCCCUAUACAGUAUCUCACUGAGGCUCCUUACGAUGAAGAUAACCCAUGGACCUCAGAGUCCCGUGCCAGAAGUAGGAGCAGAACUCGCAGCGUAGCCAAGAGCACUGCGAGAAGCGUGGCUGCGAAGAGUGCUGCUCUGAGUGCCGCACCGAGCACAAGAACUGUCACGAAGAGCACUGCAAGGAGUGUCGCUCAUUCCAGGGCUCGAUCGAGAAGUCGGGCUCCGGAUGAAGGGUAUGAGACGACCCGAAGUCGACGCACGUCCAGGCACCCCCCUCCAGAAGAUGCUUAUGAGUUUGUUGAAACACGCAGCCGCCACACUGCAAGAGCUGCGGAUGAUGGAUUUGAUACACGAAACCGCCGUUCCUCUAGGCCUCCGCCUGGAGAUGGUUUCGAUACACGUACCCGCAGAUCGUCGCGACCUCCCCAGGAAGAUGGCUUUGAAACAAGAAGUCGUCGAUCAUCAAGGCCUCCUGUGACUGACAAGUCUCGGAUCGUCCGGGCUCGUAGCGAAGCAGGAGUUGGCCGUAGCAAGUCCGUAGUACUGGCUGACGACCGCCGAAGCCAUGCGGGUUCUCGCCACGCCCCUCCGAUACCCAAGUCAUCACAGUCAGUCGUCCGUGCUCCACGGGCAUACGAUGACGAGCGCACAUACUUUCCUGCACGGUCACGUCCGUCUUCUCGAGCUCCUCGUCGAUCCUCACGCACAGAGGUUGAGGCUGAUAUCAUGGAAGCGCCAGAGGUACCAGAGGUACCCGAUGCCCCCGAAAUUCCAUUGGAUCCCGAUGUAUACGAAGCCCCUGAUGUACAAGACAUGAUGCCCAGGAGUCGGGCCAGAAGCCGGUACAACAUGCCUCGGAUGGCUACCGGACCCGAUUAUCAACAUAUGGGCUACCCAAGCAAGGCUCAGAGCUAUGUGUCUGCCAAGAACGUAGGGCUGCCGAUGAGUGGCAUUGGCAGCAGCCAUGCUGAAUGGGACGACGACAUGGUUAGUGUUGCUCCUAGCGACAGUAUCAGUUGCGUUGGUAUGAAACCAAGCAGACGAAGUCGCAAGAUACGAUAA